AUGGGAUAUGCACAAUUCGUUGUUGGUCCUGCAGGAAGUGGAAAGUCAACCUACUGCUCUAACCUGUACCGGCAUUGUGUAACCCUUGGACGGUCAAUACAUAUUGUGGACCUUGAUCCUGCUGCAGAAAAUUUUGACUAUCCCGUAGCCAUGCAUAUAAGAGAGCUCAUUAGUUUGGAUGAUGUCAUGGAGGAACUUGGAUUGGGUCCAAAGGGUGGUCAUAUCUACUGCAUGGAGCAUCUUGAAGAAAAUUUGGAUGAGAGGCUGACUGAAGAAUUGGACAAUUACUUGGAGGAUGACUAUCUGGUGUUUGAUAGUCCAGGCCAGAUAGAACUCUUUUCACAUUUACACAUGUUGUGUAACUUUGUGGAACAAUUGAAGCGCGAGAACGUUAAUUUUUUUUGUGUACACUUGCUUGAUUCCCAGUUCAUCACGGAUGUUACAAACUUCGUUAGUGGAUGCAUGGCAUCACUUUCUGCAAUGGUCCAGCUUGAGUUACCACAUGUUAAUAUACACACGAAAAUUGACCUUGUAACAAACAAGAGGGAUAUUGGAAACUACUUGGAUCCACCAGAACCUCGACCUCUGCUUUUAGAAAUGAACGAAUGGAUGGCUCCUCGGUUUAAAAAGCUAAAUAAAUCUUUGAUUGAAUUGGUGGAUCAAUAUAGCAUGGUUAGCUUUAUUCCACUGACGAAGGAAAGCAGCAUACAGUAUGUAAUGGGGCCGACAACGAUGACGCAUAAAGCCUGCUAAUUCUUGCUUGCUUUGAAAUCGUUACUGCUGUUCCGAAUUUCAGCGUAUAUUGACGGAAAAUAGAAUGGCAUUUUGAGUGGAGUCGAGCUGAGAGCCUGUUUCAAGUUGGGAUCGAACUCUUAAUUUAUGGAUUAAAUUGCAGUGUGGGAGAUGUAAUGGCAAAAGUUGUGAUUAGAUUUGCUUGUUUUGAUUGAAUGCUAUGUAAUUGACGCGUGGUUUCCCAACAGCUGCAAUUGUAAUUCAGGAUUACUUGGUUAUCAUUUCUGCAUACUUUGGACUUUAAA